GAUAGUCAUCAUCAUCACGGUCAUCUGUGCUGGCCUUUUUGUUAGUAUUUGCCGUCGAGAAAAGCACGUGGUCGCGCGACAAUCACUGCCUGUGAACCGGGGAAAUCAAAACGUUUUCUGUAUAACUGUGAUUUAUUGAAACUCGAACGCUAGUGCCAAGCGAUCCGUCACAUCUGGACAACGCGCCAGAACGAAAUAACGAUGCAAGACGGCGGAAAGACUGUUGACGAACGAGCGGAUGACGCGGACGCCACCGUCGCUCCUAAGCGAAACUUCUACAAGUUCGGCGAGCACGUCCUCAUGGAGGAAGAUCAGCGCACAGAAUUCAAGGCUCACAAGGAUAUGUCAAUCGAAGAGCUGUCGCAGGCGUGCAAGGACCAGCACACUCGCCAGACCAUCUCUAGAACUAUCUGUGCCUUCUUGAACACUGGAAGAGGUGGAACUGUCUUUCUGGGAAUCCUUGACAAUGGUGAUGUCAAUGGUCUCCAUCUCACGGAAUACCAAAAAGACCAUUUGCUUUUGAGCCUCGAAAAUCUGAUGCUGCGGUACAAGCCACCUGUCCCAAAGCACAUGUAUGAGCUGCGAUUUGUUCCAGUCAUAUCUGAGGGUGUUCCAUUGCCAACAAAGCAAAGUCAUGAAAUGAACAGCAAGGAGCGGUUUAGGCCACAUGAAUUGAGGUGUUCGAGGCCAUGCUGGUGUGACAACGAAGCCACUGCUCAGCUGAAUGUUGGUGGACUGGUGCUGCGGUAUGUUGUCGAGAUUGACAUAUUCCCGUGGAAGAGCUCUGACCCAAGGAACCACACGCUCAACAUCAGCAAGAUGGGUAUCCAUCCCAUGUUUGACAACGAAGAGGACAUUUGCUUUGUGCGGCGUCAAGGCAGCAACAUUCGGUGCACUCUUCAAGAUGUCAUUGACAUGACUCGUCAGGAAGUUAAAGAUUACUACUCUCCAAAGUCAGGCACUAAAAAGCCCUUGGAGGGAGCUUCCACGGUGACUUAGCAUUAUCACUUUUCGUUGUAAGGCUUGAAGUGUCAUGCCUGAUGAGAAAAGCCUUUGGAGAAGACAUCCAAUGGUGCUUAAACUUGAUUACACUUGAGCACAUUGCAUUCUGAGGCAUUAAGUGUCAUGCCUUGAGUUUAUGUUCCAUUCCAUUGUAUAUGUUCCUUGGCACCGUUUUGACCCAGUGACCUGAAAUUCAUUAAAGUCAUUUACCCAUACAA